CGCGGCGGGUAGGCGGUGGCGUUUCCUGGUGACCGAGUUGGGGCGCCGAAGCUAUGGGCAGCAGGGAGGUGCUGGGUCAGGCCGCCCGCCUGGCCUCCUCCGGUCUGCUCCUGCAGGUGUUGUUUCGAGUGAUCACCUUUGUCUUGAAUGCGUUUGUUCUUCGCUUCCUGUCAAAGGAAAUCGUUGGCAUAGUGAACGUAAGGCUAACACUGCUUUACUCGACCACCAUCUUCCUGGCCAGAGAGGCCUUCCGUAGAGCAUGUCUGAGCGGGGGCCCCCAGCGAGACUGGAGCCAAACCUUUAACCUCUUGUGGCUAACCGUCCCCCUGGGUGUGUUUUGGUCCUUGUUCCUGGGCUGGGUGUGGUUACGGUUGCUUGAAGUGCCGGAUCCUAAUGUCGUCUCCCACUAUGGAACUGGAGUGGUGGUGUUUGGUCUUUCGGCCGUGGUAGAGCUUCUGGGAGAGCCCUUCUGGGUCUUGGCACAAGCACAGAUGUUUGUCAAACUCAAGGUGAUUGCUGAGAGCCUGUCCGUCAUCCUCAAGAGUGUCCUGACAGCUUUUCUCGUGCUGUGGUUGCCUCACUGGGGGCUGUACAUUUUCUCUUUGGCCCAGCUUUUAUAUACUACCGUCCCGGUGCUCUGCUAUGUUAUUUAUUUCACAAAGUUAUUGGGCUCUGCAGAAUCAAGCAAGCAACAGACUCUUCCCGUCUCCAGAAUGACGGAUCUGUUACCCAGUGUUACAAGAAAUAGAGCUUUUGUAAAUUGGAAUGAGGCUAAAUUGACUUGGAGUUUUUUCAAACAGUCUUUCUUGAAGCAGAUUUUGACAGAAGGCGAGCGAUACGUAAUGACGUUUUUGAACGUGUUAAAUUUUGGCGAUCAGGGUGUAUAUGACAUAGUGAAUAAUCUUGGCUCUCUAGUGGCCAGGUUAAUUUUCCAGCCAAUAGAGGAGAGUUUUUACAUAUUCUUUGCUAAGGUGCUGGAGAGAGGAAAGGAUGCCACACUUCAGAAGCAGGAGGACGUUGCUGUGGCCGCCGCGGUUUUGGAGUCGCUGCUCAAGCUGGCCCUGCUGACCGGCCUGACCAUCACCAUUUUUGGCUUUGCCUAUUCUCAGCUGGCUUUGGAUAUCUAUGGAGGGGCCAUGCUUAGCUCUGGAUCAGGUCCUAUUUUGCUGCGUUCCUACUGUCUCUAUGUCCUCCUGCUUGCCAUCAACGGAGUGACCGAGUGUUUCACAUUUGCUGCCAUGAGCAAAGAGGAGGUCGACAGAUCACAAGUAGGCAGAGAGAGAGAGGAGGAAGCAGGCUUCCCUGCUGAGCAGAGAGCCCGAUUCGAGACUCCAUCCCAGGACCCUGAGAUCAUGACCUGAGCCGAAGGCAGAUGCUUUAACCACUGAGCCACCCAGGCGCCCCCCCAGAGUGCCUUCUAAUGCACUUUUCAUCUGCAGUAACGCACUUCCCCGAAGAGUUAAAUGUGACUUUAAACAUGGUCUUCCUAUGUGUAUAACCAUAGCGACCUAGGUCCUGUCUGGGCCCCUGGCCCAGCCCCCAGCUGUUGGUCUGAGCACAUGGCACCUGGGCUCGUCACAAACCCCAGCAUUUUUUCAUCUCUGUGAAUUUAACCAGACUACCAAACUACCAGACUACCAAACUCUAGUAAGGAUUUUUAUGGUGGGAUUGGGUGGCUUCAUUAAAUGCCAUCAUUGAUUGACAUUUCAGAUUCUGAAUUGAAAAAAAAAAUACCAUAUUGAUAAAAUCAUGGGCUUUUACUUAACUUCAGGUCAAUCCGUGUUUUUCUAAAUAAAAAUAGGGCAUUUGAUUGGAUGUGAAAUAUUAGGACAUCCUUCGAAUUCCAAGUUGCUUUUUUGUUAAUAACUGCAUAAUAUAUAUCGAAUAUGACUGACAGGUUUUUCAACCCGCCCCAUUGAAGAAUUUUGUUCUGUUUUGUUAAGGGUGUCUGUCUCAGUUUCUUUUGUUCAUUUGACAAGUGCUUUUUGAGCCUCUACUCUACUGGGCCUCAUUUUAAGUCCCAGGAAUAUAGCAAUAAAAAGACAGACGAGAUCCCUGCUCUCCUGGAGCUGACGUCGGGGAGGCAGACAGCAAACAAGUAAAUAAAUAAGGAAAUAUUGCACCAUAUGGAUAACUAAAACAAGGUUAUGCAGUGAGAGUGGGGCUCUUUUAGGUUGGGAGGCCCCUCUGGGAAGAUGGCAUUUGGGCUGAGGCUGGAUGACCAAGCAGAGUCUGCCAGGCACAGAGGUCAGUGAUGCAAAAGCCCAAGACUGUCUGAUUUGCUGGCCCGUGAAUACCCACCUUGGAGCUGGACUCCAUAACUCAAGAAGUGAAGGGUGAGCGCAGUCUUCUCACUUUGGCAAUGAGAGACUGGCGCCAUCCCUUCCGUGGCUGCCGAGGCUACACUGAUAGAUGGCGGGUCUUGAUGUGUUCAGCCAGCACCCACUGGGGGGUGCUUUGGUUGCUGCCAUGGUCAACAUCCUUGAUAAGCCUGAUUUUAAUCCCAGUAUCUUCUUGGGGCCAUGGAAAAACUAAGCAUUGACUGUUUUAUAAAUAAAUAAUAACUGACUGUUUAUGUUAACCAAACCUU